GAAAGCGACCACCGACCUUUUGAAUCUUUUGAAGUUCGAAUGGAGCAAAAGCCAUUGGGCAAUGCCCACUGGGAGGUGUCUGAGGAAAAUGGUGAGCCACCAGGGACUCCAAGAGCAGAGCCAAACGCUGCUCCUGAAUCGCCAUCGGCUCGUGCUACGACCGCACCUUCAAGCCCUCGAAGAGUCAAGAAUGGACCCGUCGGGCAGUCUGUUAUGCACAUGUCAACCCUCAGACGUGCGCCAAAGUACAGCUUCCGUGGUGUCAAAGACAGGUUUCAGACAAGGGGCCUACAAGCGGCAGCACAAGUUCCUGGGCCGGGAGCAUAUGGCAAAGAAGUGGUCGCACCACAGGUCUACUCAUCACGACAUCGCAAAAGUCCUGGCUAUGGAUUUGGCACCAGUGCCAAACAGGAGGAGACGGAGAUCCGGGCUCCAGGACCAGGCACUUAUCCCAGAGCUUCUUCAGGCUUCAUGGGGGCUGGCAAGGCCUUUUCUUUGACGCCGCGUCGUUGGCCGGGCCCUCCACCGAAUGAUGGCAACCACAUUCUAUCGCCUGGACCUGGUGCCCAUGAUGUUGACAGUGGUGUCAAAGGGCCGCGCUACAGCAUUUCACCAAGAAGGGUUCCAGAGAAGGGUGGUGCUCUCAUUCCAGGGCCUUCUCAAUAUGGGAUGAUGGACAGAGCGCUCGGCCAAACAAAGCCGAAGCUUCCGAGUUGGGGCUUUGGCACCACAAAACGCCCAGGCUUCAUUCUGCACGAUGACCGGCCAGUUCCAGGGAUCAAAGGAAAGAGCGGCGCUUCGGCCUGGGUGUCCAAACUACCUGGACCCGGCUCGUACAAUACUCCAAGCACUGUUGGUGAAGGGCCAAAGUACUCUGUGGGUGCUCGAAGGAUACAGUCUCGACGCAUACUGUCACCUGGACCAGGAGACACGGGCGGACCCUACACUACCUUCGUUUAGAACAAGCUUGGGUUCGUGAGGCCCGAGCCCAGAUAUUUUUGGAAUGCGCCAUGCGCAAAGCGCAGAAGACUGAAUUGAGGAAGUCGUCGUAUCACUUUGACAGCUGCCCUGAAUCGCGGGGCGAGCAACGCAUUUUCGAAGCAUGUGCAGAGGCAGAUCGCAGGCUUUGCACCACCCCAAAUACUUGUAGCUGUC